AGGAAUCAAAACAAUGGCCGACUGGCGAGCUAAGACAGUAUUACUUGUAAUAAUUUUAAGUGUUUGACAGUAAUGCUCGGUAUUUUUAAAAGCCUUCGUGCUAUGGGUCAUUGAGCAAACAGGUUGAGUUGAUAAGAAAUAAAGUAAGUUAGGUGCGGAGUGUGUUUUUUGGCGGCCGCAAUGAGCGAUGUUGUGGAGAAGACCCUGACAGCUCUGCCCAGCCUGCUGUCUCUGGACUCGCAGCCUGGAUCUGGAAAACUGUCCUCCACCUCAAAAUUAGGGAACCUGAUCAGAGGCAUCACCGAGCUAACCUCCAAGCAUGAGGAAGAGAAACUCAUUCAACGUGAGCUGUCCUCUAUCAAAGAGCAGGUGGCUUCUCCCAACACCUCCAUGAGGCAAAUGAAGGAGCUCAUGGUGAGAGCCAUCUACUGUGAAAUGCUGGGUUACGAGGCCUCUUUCAGCUACAUUCACGCCAUCAAAUUAGCUCAGCAGGGCACAGUGUUGGAGAAGAGAGUCGGGUACCUGGCUGUGUCCUUGUUUCUGAAUGAAAGCCAUGAGCUGCUGCUUCUCCUUGUGAACACUGUAUUGAAGGAUCUGCAGAGCACAAAUCUUAUUGAAGUAUGCAUGGCUCUAACGGUGGUCAGUCAGAUGUUCCCCAAAGAUAUGAUACCUGCAAUCCUUCCACUGGUUGAGGAGAAACUCACUCACCCAAAGGAGAUAAUCAGACGAAAAGCAGUCCUGGCGCUGUACAAAUUCUAUCUGAUAGCACCCAAUCAAGUUCAGCACAUCCACAACAAGUUUCGGAAGGCUCUGUGUGACAAGGAUCCCGGUGUUAUGACCGCUUCGCUGCACAUCUACCUGCAGAUGAUCAAGGAGAACCCAGAAGGUUAUAAGGACCUGACGGCAAGUUUUGUAACCAUAUUGAAGCAGGUGGUGGGCGGGAAGCUGCCCAUGGAUUUUAACUACCACAGCGUUCCUGCUCCGUGGCUUCAAAUUCAGCUGCUCAGAAUACUGUCCUUACUUGGGAAAGAUGAUCAGAGUACAAGUGAGAUGAUGUAUGAAGUCCUUGACGAGUCCUUACGAAGAGCAGAGAUGAACCACAACAUCACUUAUGCAAUAUUAUACGAGUGUGUGAAGUCCAUUUACACAAUUCAUCCCAAAGCCGAGCUUCUGGAAAAAGCUGCAAAGUGCAUUGGCAACUUUGUUCUGUCGCCAAAAAUUAAUCUGAAAUAUCUAGGCUUGAAGGCUCUCACCUAUGUGGUCCAGCAGGAUGCUAACCUUGCCCUGCAGCAUCAGCUGACCAUUAUUGAGUGUCUAGAUCACUCCGACCUCGUUAUCAAGCGCGAGACGCUGGAGUUGCUGUUCCGGAUCACCAACGCCCAGAACGUCACAGUCAUCGUUGAGAAGAUGCUGGAGUUUCUCCGCCUCAGUAAAGACGACUAUACGACCAUCGACCUGGUUGGGAAGGUGGCAGAACUGGCAGAAAAAUAUGCACCAGACAAUGAGUGGUUCAUUGAGACCAUGAACACAGUGUUUUCACUGGGUGGAGACAUGAUGCAGCCUGACAUCCCAAACAGUUUCCUUAGGCUGUUGUCUGAGGGCUUUGACAGCACUGAGGAGGACAGGCAGUUGAGGCUGUUUGCUGUGGAUUCGUACGUGUCGCUCCUGCAGGGAGAGCCCGGCAGACUGCCUCAGCGUUUCCUCCAAGUCAUCAGCUGGGUCCUGGGUGAAUACUCUCAUUUGAGGGAAGGACUUGAACCGGCAACCACCCUGCGUCUCCUGGCCAAGCUUCUGGACAUGAAGCACACCAGCAGUGAAACCAAGAGCUGGGUGCUGCUGGCCAUGAGCAAGCUGUGCGAGGGCCCCGACUGUGUGUCUUUGGCUCAGGAGCUCUCUGAACGGCACGGCGGGUCUCUGGACACGGUGCUGCGGCAGAGGGUUCAGGAGCUGCGGCACCUCAGCGAAGACGCAGAGCUUCGGGCCUCUGUGCUGCCUCGAGACGCUGCCCAGGAGCCGCUGGAGGUCGAUUCUUCUCUGUCGUUUCUGGAUGGAUUUGUGUCCGAGGCGUUGUCUGCGGGUGCCGCUCCAUACAAGCCUCCCCAUCAACGACAAGAGGAAUUAGCUCAAGCCAAAGCUCUGAGCCUGGAGCCGUACGGCCUGUCGCUGCCCAUCAGCAUGUCGUCCUGCAGCCUGGCAGACAGACAGUCUCCGACGCUGCUGUCCAUGAGCUCCGGCCUGUCAGGCAACAGCACCGAUCUCUCACACAAAGGAGGCUCUACGACUCUGAAGCUGGAUGGAGUGAAGAGGGUUUGGGGGAAAGACGGCUAUCUGGCCCAGAAGGAACCUGUGGAGGAAAGUGCACAAGUUGAGGUUCCCAGUCCCCUCUGUUCACCCAGCCGGCAAGGAGGCGCUGACAGCACCCACAGCCAGACCCCGACCCCAACACCGACCCCUGAGCCUGAAAAAGAGAAACAGCAGCUGGCCUCGUCACUUUUCGUCGGCCUGGGCUCCCAAAGCUCCGUUUGUCUGAUGGGAAAAUCAGAGCAGACGCCGCAGCGAUUCAGAAGAAAAGCCAAAGGUCAAGGCUCGUCCUCGGGUGCCAGCGAGCAAAUAUCUAACUCCCACUACUCCACUCAAAGCACUGUUGAUAAUUUACUGUGUAACAACCUACUGGACUCCACUGUCACCUCAGAUUUGGCUGUUUCCACACCCGAGCAAACCCCUCAACUCUCUCAGGAAGUCGCUACUACUAAUGGCACUUGUGAUGCAGAACAAGAUUUAAUUGAAGAGACAGAUCCAGGAAACAGUCCGUCGCUCAUCAGGGCUAACAGUACGGUGACUGCUGAUCCUCCUGCACACAAAGACCCAGACAGACCCAAGGACUCGUGUCUCAGUUCUCACCUGCCUGCUGAGCUCGCUGGGCUGUCCCAUUCGGAAAUCAUCCCUCUCUGCUCCAGCCAAAACCUUGAUCUCUCAGCCUGUCAUGUGCAGAAAGAGGACGCCUUGCUGCUGGUCAUUUUCAUCGAAAAUUCCUCUGAUUCUGACAUUGAGCAAAUGCUACUACAGACAGAAUCUGACGAACUCGAGGUGUCCUGUGUGACUGACAGUCCAGUGGAGGCGGUGAGAAGCCUCAGUGUGUCGGUGUACCAGUAUUCCCUGAUGGUGAAGAGGCCAGCGGCUCACGUGGCGCUGGCUGGGACGGCGUCCUACCAGCUGCCUUCUGGGGAAUCUCAAGUCAUGCAGUUCUCUUACAGACUUCCAUUAACCAGUUUCAUCAGACCGUUGUGUGUGUCCACGGAGGAGUAUGGGACACUGUGGCUGGCCUUCUCUCAGGACACUAAGCAGAACCUGGCGCUGUUAAACGACGGCCAGGAUCCGCUCACGGCCACACUCGAUGUCCUGAAGAACAAACUUCAGCUCCAUGUCGUGGACAUCAUAGGAGCGGAGGGUAUUGUAGCUUGCCGGCUCCUCCAGGGUCAGCCAUGUCUGAUGCACUGCCGUGUCCAUGCAGGCAGCCUGGCCGUGUGGCUGCGCUCCCCGGUCCCUGACCUGCCCGACUGCCUGCUCUACCACUGUCAGAGGGCUUUACAGGAGCACUGAAGCUUCACCGCAACACCUCCACUCAGGCUGAGAGGCAACUAGACAGCUAGACCCUCACCAGUCGAGGAGGAGACACACAAGUUCUGCGUGACUGCAUUGGCUUAAAGAAACACAGUUGAAAACAUCGGAUGUUGUGCAUCCGCAUCUUAACAGUGCACUGUUUACCAUUUAGUUGUCGCUUCCACUAUGUGCUAUUGAGAGGGUUCGUUUGUUAUGUCCAUGAAUAAUAUUUAUUGCUUUUAAACAGGUAGAUUUCUUUUCAAAUCUUGAAUGUCACCACUGGUAAUAACAUCAGGGGCAAGAGAAUGUGUGUUACAUUCUCUAGUGGAUGUCAGUUGUUUCAAAAUAAAACUAACAAACACAAUUAUGUCUUAAGAUGAUGAACAGCUUCCCAAUGACUAGAAAUCUUCAAUGGAUGAUGUGUCAUUAGUGAGUGAUAAUUACUAUGAAAGAUUUCUGAUCUUAAAGGAGAAUAUCAUGAAUGCAACAAUCCAUCUCCUGUGGCCCAGGUCUGUAUGACAGAGGUUUCCUCUUUAUAAUUUGUGACAUCAUCAGAGGAUGAACAGAAAAAGACGGCUGUGCCAUAGUCAAGAUGUGGUCACUUUUUCUGCUGUAGAGCAAUCAAUACUAUGAAACCCCAUUUAAUGCACAUGAUUGGGCAGACGUUAUAUGAAUUAACAAGGUUUGCCUCCCAUUAGCUGUCCAAUGAGCAGUUUGAGGCUUUACAUUAGCAUGCUGUCACUCAUUAAAGUGUUGAAGUGUUGUCUUGAUUUUGAGCCAAACUGUUUUAGAAAGAUUUUAACAUCAACCCAGAGAUUCCAACUUUUAGGAGUCAAAUCAAAGGUUUUCGUUAUUUAGUGUGGAUUUGGUUGAAGAGUUAAUCAGGAAAAUUUAAAAGGCUUGCAUUGUAAAGAAAUUGCCCAAAGGAUCAUGUUCAUGUUAACCUUAGACUAUUGCAUUCUCAUGUCUUAAACAGAGCAGUAAAAGUGGCUUCAUUUGGCAGUGUCCAUAUUGUCCAUUUCUCAUUAUGCUGAGGAUCAGUGGUAAUUUGAAUUUUAAUGAAGCAUUCUCUGUAAUAAGAUUAUCUAUGCACUCAUGUGUUUGGGUUAUAAGUUCAAGGUGAGAGGUGGAUUCUAGUGGUUUUUGAUUAUUCUAUUUUUGUAUCAAUGCAGUAUUUCAAACGUAUUUAUUGGAUUUAUAUUCUUACAAAAUAAAUAUUUUGUAUUAAUUUCAACAGACGGGGAAAAAAAAUCAUUCAUUGUGCUUCAUGUACUGUUUUAUUGCCCUGCGCCAGACAUAGUCUCCAGUUUACAAGGAUUUGUCUUGAUGUUCAUUUUUUUUCUUUUUUUGUUGCUUGUGUGCUGGAUGUAUAGCACGGUUUGAAACUAAAGACCUGUCUAAAACACAAAUAUAACCCAACGCCUUAUAUUCUAUUGCCAAUAUGGCGUGUUUGAUUUGUGCCUGUGGUACAGAUAAAAAAAAAUAUUGUUUUUAGAGUGCCUGUCAUUCCAUUCUGCUAACUUAUGAAUAAAUCUGACACAAGUAGUUUAACUUAACUUUUGACUGACUGACCAUCCGUUUAGCAGAGGCCACUAUGUCGGCCUUUAAUAACCAUGUAACAUAAGUGUUGAAGGCAGCAGAUGAGAAUAUGACAAUAAAGACCUUAUGACGGUG